CGAUUCUACGAAGAGUAACCAUCCGCCUUUGAAACGCGACGAUUUGGAGUUCGGGGCAUCGUAUCUGCUUUUCCGCCAUUCUACCUUCUCUACCAGAUUUCGGUGUCACGCGCAGAGCGCAUCCGUUUGAGAGUCUGUGUGUUUUACAUUGCGGGAAGAGCCGCCACAAGUUGAGAGAGAGCGCUUUGCAAGUCUUUGCGGUGCUCUGUGCAUUUCCAGAAUUCGAAGUCGGUAACCAUGUUGUCAGGAGGAAAGCAGGAGGUCGAUCUCCAGAACAGCAAUAAUCUGGAGAUCGAUGAGGCGGCAAAAUUCGCCGUUGCUGAGCACAAUGACCGCGAGAAUAGCCUGGAGAAGCUCACCUUCUCCAAGGUAGUGUCCUGCCACAUGCAGGUGGUGGCGGGCUCUAUGUAUUACCUGGUCAUCGAAGUAGAGGAGGGCAGCAGCAUCAAGCUGUACGAGGCCAAGGUGUGGGUGAAGCCAUGGCAAAACUUCAAGAAGUUGGAAGAGUUCAAGCUCAAAGAUGCUGGGGUAACCUCCGCUGAUUUGGGUGUCAGAACAGGAGGUCCCCAUUCCACCGGCAGGGGUAUCAGUGCCCCUCCUAGUGGCAAGCAGAGUUGGCCAACAGACGACCUAGUCGUGCAGGAGGCAGCUGAGCAUGCGAUGAAGAUGUUGCAACAGGGAUCAAAUUCUCUCGCAUCAUAUGAGCUCAGCGAAAUCGUGUCUGCAGACGCAGAGCUUAGUGACGAGUCUGCGGACUUCGAAUUGCUUCUCAAGAUUAAGCGGGGCGCUAAGGAGGAACACUUCAAGUCGGAAAUACACCGCACUGGGGAUGGAGAUUGGUCUGUGAAGCAUGUCACGCUUCAGUGAAGGGCCUCUGUAGUGUAAGAAUUUAUUGAAUAUAGAGUACUUCAUAAUUUGUGUAAAUAUUUGUACGUCAUCCUUUAAAAAGGCCAGGGAGAACUGUCGAGGAGGUUGUGAGCAUCAUUUAUAUGGGUACAUUUUGAAAGGAUGUUUUUCUGAAUAUGUUGUAAACUUAAUCAAAUGGGCAAGGAUGUAUGAUUACUAAAUUGUCAGCUUCCGCAGCUUCAGAACAUAUUUAUCACUAA